GUACAUUUCCUAAAGAUAGAUGUAGUCGGACGGUUUCAAAAAUUUAGUUUUGUUUGGUUAACCACUGUGAACUUAAAAUGGAUCAAGACAAAAUAGAACAACUUUUCGAGGCUUGCGACUCGGAUGGUUUGGGAUAUCUAACCUUCAAUCAAUUUGAACAGCUUGGGGAGGGCAUGAGUCUUCCGCCAGAUGACGUGAAGGAGAUUUUUAAUGCUAUGGACCUAAACAAUGACGGACUAGUUGAACAUAGUGAAUUUGUGAACAGUUUUACAUCACUCACUGGUCUUUCAAUGCACGGAACACCACCUAAUGUCGAAAAACAGGCCCCGGAAUUAAUAAUAACAGACGACACUCCGGAUUCUCCUAUUUUGGGCCAGGGAUAUAAUGAAAAUAAUAAUAAUAACACCAAAGACGAAAAUGAAGAAAAAGAUAAUCACAAACUGGAUACCUCAUUCGGACAUAGACGCAGAGCCUCCACUCCAAGAACUAACGGACUUCGGAGUCGAAGUUGGCAUGCAUCACGAAGUAAAAUGCGGAGAAGUGGGAGUGUGGAUUUAGGAGUCAUCGACGGUGAUAAAGAAUAUACGGCCAACUCAGGCACAUGGGAUACAUUUGCACAAAGCCUCGGAGAAGUGGUGUACGCUCUAUCAAGUUACGAAGGAAUGUCGCAACUUUACAAGAACGUCGAAUCAAGUGGAAAUAGCGAGUUACUCCGGAAUUAUGAAACGUUGCUGCAGGGAAUCGUCAGAGAAAUGGUUAAAGUACAGAAAGAUAUGUCCGAAUUGGAGGUUUCUUUUGACAAAGCUAAUAAACAAAGUAGUGAACAAAUCUCCCUUCUGGAGGAAGAAAUGGAGACGCAGAUCCUCCUCAAGGAGAAUAAAGUGAGAGAAGAAGAGAGAAAAAGAGCGGACGAGGAGAGUAACAAAAUGAAAAGCCAAUACGAACAACAGAUCGAUCAACUCCAAAAUGCAAUUACGAAAUUAAAGCAGAUGGAUGAAAAGCUUGCAUCCGGGUCUCCUUUCGAACGAGAACUCGAAAACAUGAGAGAAAAAGUCCGAAAACUUAAUCAGGAAAACUCAGAAUUGAAGGCAAAACUUACAGAAACAGAGACGAAUUUAAUUCUUUUGCAAAAUUCAAUGAGAGAAAUGGAAGUCACUCACCAAGAGAAGACACUAGAGUUUGCCAGAGAUGAGGACGAGGUCAGCCGAGUUCAUGAAGAGAAAGAAAGAUAUUCCAAACAAGUUGAAACAUUAAAUUCCAGUAACCGGCAACUUCUUGACUCCAACGACAGCCUUAGAGAAGCACUUGAAAGUAGUUUUAGUAAAUACAAGAGAGUGUCAGAUCAAUAUGCAAGAUUACAUAAUGGUGCGAUUCCUAUGGAGUAUCUGAACAGCCAUGAUUACCAGCGAAGUGGACGUUCAUCCCGUGCAUCCGUACCUGACAAUGAUGCUCUUGCUGAAUGCGAUCCGGGUCGAAAAACACCAGAAGUCAAUGGAUUUACAAACCACGAAUUUGACAGCGGUGUCGGAACAAUUCGAGACGAUUUUGAUGAUUCCGAUACCGAUUAUGGCGACGAUUCGUUCAGAAGGGGAUCACGGUCGAGUAAUUCUCUUCGUUCUCGGCCUCGACGUUACAACAGUAACGUAAGUUAUAUGUCUGACGGUUCUCGUCGUUCACGUCGCUCUUAUCAUAGAAGAGCUAAAAAUGACUAUCAAACACUCAGUGAUGAAGAUAAUGACGUCACCAAUGGUUCUGACAUCACUGAUGACGAAUUACGGGAUAUAUCGCAAAGUUCAACUCUCUCUUCCAGCUCGAGAGGAAGACUGAAUCGUAAGAGUCCGCGGAUGACCCCGACUUCAGCUCGAAAGGUCAUAACUCCUGACGUUACGCUUGGCCAUAACAAACGAAUGUAUAAAGUAGUUCUAUGCGGAGAUGUCGGCGUUGGAAAAACCAGUUUCAUCUACAGAGUUUGUCGGAAUGAAUUCAACAGGCUGUCAAAGUCAACAUUAGGAGUCGAUUUUCAAAUCAAAACAAUUCAACUUGAACACGACAAGUCAAUAUCACUUCAACUAUGGGACACAGCUGGACAAGAACGAUUCAGAAGUAUUUCUGCUUCUUACUUCAGAAGAGCUGAAGGUGUAUUGCUAUUGUAUGAUUGCACCAGUCAGCAUUCAUUCAUAAAUGUACGAGAUUGGAUGGAAACAAUCACGCCGGUCAUACCCGAUGGUUCUCCGAUCAUGAUCUGCGGACACAAAGUCGAUCUGAGAGAAGAACGAGAAUUAGCUGGAAGACCUGUUGUCUCGUCACAAGAGGGCGCACAAUUAGCCGCAAACUUCGGAGUUCUUUUCGUCGAAACCAGUGCAUUGGACGGAUGCAACGUGAACAACGCAGUAGCGAUGCUGGCAAGACACAUCAAACUAGAUGACGACACAGUCGACACCGAUUCGAUCAAACAACUCGGGAUAUCGCCAGAAAAAAUUGAAGGACAAAAUUGUUGUAAGCAAACGUGAAGAUUAAAAUCUGGCAACGAUGGAUGUAUUCUACGGGAGAUUCUUCAUUCAUUGACUGGCAAUAUCUCACAUCUGAGUGUUCCUCAUGCCAGUUAUGAACUUAUCUAUUCAUAUAAACACCUCCGCCAACGCUCAAAAUAAGAGAAUUAUUAGGGUUUGGGUUAGGGAUGCAGAUUGCGCUGAAAAAUCAUUUUUAUGCAUUUCUACCGUAGCUCAUUGUUAUCUAGUUAUUUUUGAGGUGGGCGUGAGACUUGACAAAUUCUAAAAAGGGGGCGUGGCCUAAAAAGUUCGAGAACCACUGCUGUGUACGGUUGUUCUCCUCGUGAAUAAUACAAUUUUAUUUAGUGUGACAACUUUUUAUUUACUUCUUGCUUUAUUUUUUAAAUUAUAUUAUUAAUAAUAUUAUAGUUAGUUUAAAAUAAAAUAGUUUUUGCACAUUUUUAUCGAUUUGUUACGAAUUUGAAAUGAAAUUUUAAUCCAAUUUUUUUUUUGAAAAAUCUCGUUUCGUGAAUUAGUAUAUUUAUUUUCUUGUUUGCUAUGUUUAGCCCUUAUUGAAUCAAAGCCUCAUAAUCACAAGGUUGAAACAAUAUUAUCCCCCCCCCCCCCGAUAUCGCUUCCACGCCUUUUUCGUUGGGUGGCCGUGGCCCACAGCUUGGUUUCCAUAAUUAGGGGGUUAGCCACACCCGUCAAAAAACUCUUUACAAAAAAGUGAUUCUCAUUAUAUCAAAAAUUUUGCCAUUCCGUGAUUUGUUGUGCCCGAACCUAUCUGCCCAGUUUUAUGCCUAGCGAAUGAGCGUUAUAUAUUAGAAGAACUAGUCUCUAUUAUUGUUUCGAGUUUAAAUUAUAGACACCGAGAACAGCACCUCAAUUCUCAGAGUAUAGUAUUCAAAAUUGUGAUCGUAAAAUAUGUUGCCAAUAUGUUAAUGUUCUGCUCUACGGGGUAAUAUUUUAGCCAGUGAAUAUUUUUAUUCUAAGCGAUUUCGAUUUUGUAUGUUUUUACUCUCAUGUUAUUUCCACUUUUUAAUUAACUGCUGGCACUGGAUUUUUCAUAUGAGACUCUCCGAACAAAGCUUUGAGCAAGCAGUCAAACUCUUUUUUUGAGUUUUGCAUUGCCAACACAAUUUAUCACGACCAGAAUUAGCCGCUGGGCAGAUAAUUUCAAAUCAAGAUCUUAAACUCGCGAUCUAUAUAUAGAUAGUUAGUCCCUUGCUCUUACAACUAGGCCAGGCCCAUACUAUCUUUAGUUAAGGUUUGAUAUUUUGUCAUUUUCGCCAUUCGACCUCCUUAUAAAUAUUGACUUUUGAAGCGUAACGGGAAGUUGCAAUGAUAUUUUUUAAUUGACCUGCCAAAAUGCAAUUGAAGUAUAUUUAAUCAACGCUGAAUCCGCACACGGGCACAUUUGCAAUAACUUGUAAUUUUAUCAGUAACUAAAUGCUAAAGGUGCAUCAAUGUAUGAUAUUGGAGUCAAAUCUGUGCAUAGCGGUGUCAGAUUCUGCUGACCAAAUAAUGGUAAUUUCAAGCGAAGCGGAAAAGUUGCAAUGAUAUUUAAUUAACCUUCAAAUACAUUCAAUCAACGUCGAAUCCUCUGAACGGGCACAUUUGCAAUAACCUAUAAUUUGAAAUUAUUUUAUUGAAACCAAUUUACGAUUAGAACUUUUCGCUUUUAUUGCGGCCAUGUCGAAAGCGCCAUACCCUAGAUUUCCCACUUAUUAUCAAUUUAAACGUGUAAUGCGAUUCCUGAAAUUCAAAUUUUCGUUUCAUGGGAACUCGAAAAUCCUAAUAUCAACAAAUCACCCUAAACUCUGCCGCGCAAAGUUUUCUUGGGGUCGCAACAGGUUGUCUGGCGUCGUUUUGUGAUUUCUCAUCCUAUCUUAGCUUUUAAAAAAGGGCAAAUUGCAAUAUAGCUUACAUACUAUACCAAUUACUUAUGAUUUGAUUUUAUCGUUCCACGAACAAAUCUUUUGAUUUAGUAGAAGCGUAUUAUUGUUAUUUUAUCAAAUUAUUGAAAAAAUGUUUUUUUUUACAAAACGAAAUAAAUAUAUGGA